CCCACCCCCCAAUCGCCAGCUUUCGACUGCGUGUCACCUUAAUAUUUCCUCAACUUCAACCUCUUUUUCUCCCUCCCCUUCCAGCCAAACCCUCGAGAUCCUGGGAUCGCGCGAGUUUCUUUUCUGUCUCUCUUCAAGUCUUUCAUCAGCUUCAUACAUUAAUCAGUCACAAUGGAGGAAGAAGUUGCUGCCCUCGUCAUCGACAAUGGCUCUGGUAUGUGCAAGGCCGGUUUCGCCGGUGAUGACGCUCCCCGAGCUGUUUUCCCCUCCAUUGUCGGCAGACCCCGUCACCAUGGUAUCAUGAUCGGUAUGGGUCAGAAGGACUCUUAUGUCGGUGAUGAGGCUCAGUCCAAGCGUGGUAUCCUGACGCUGAGAUACCCCAUUGAGCACGGUGUUGUCACCAACUGGGACGACAUGGAGAAGAUCUGGCACCACACCUUCUACAAUGAGCUGCGUGUUGCCCCCGAGGAGCACCCCGUCCUGCUCACCGAGGCCCCCAUCAACCCCAAGUCCAACCGUGAGAAGAUGACCCAGAUCGUCUUCGAGACAUUCAACGCCCCCGCCUUCUAUGUCUCCAUCCAGGCCGUUUUGUCCCUGUACGCUUCCGGUCGUACCACCGGUAUCGUGCUCGACUCCGGUGACGGUGUUACCCACGUUGUCCCCAUCUACGAGGGUUUCGCUCUCCCUCACGCCAUUGCUCGUGUUGACAUGGCUGGUCGUGAUCUUACCGACUACCUGAUGAAGAUCCUGGCUGAGCGUGGUUACACCUUCUCCACCACCGCCGAACGAGAAAUCGUCCGUGACAUCAAGGAGAAGCUCUGCUACGUCGCCCUCGACUUCGAGCAGGAGAUCCAGACCGCCGCCCAGAGCUCCAGCUUGGAGAAGUCCUACGAGCUUCCCGACGGCCAGGUCAUCACCAUUGGCAACGAGCGAUUCCGUGCUCCUGAGGCUUUGUUCCAGCCUUCUGUCCUCGGUCUCGAGAGCGGUGGUAUUCACGUCACCACUUUCAACUCCAUCAUGAAGUGCGACGUCGACGUCCGAAAGGACCUCUACGGCAACAUUGUCAUGUCUGGUGGUACCACCAUGUACCCCGGUCUCUCCGACCGUAUGCAGAAGGAGAUCACUGCUCUUGCUCCUUCUACCAUGAAGGUCAAGAUCAUUGCUCCUCCCGAGCGAAAGUACUCUGUCUGGAUCGGUGGUUCCAUUCUGGCCUCCCUGUCCACCUUCCAGCAGAUGUGGAUCUCCAAGCAGGAGUACGACGAGAGCGGUCCCUCCAUUGUCCACCGCAAGUGCUUCUAAGAAGCUACGCGAGGUCAAAGACAAAACCUUACAUCCUUCGCCAAUCACUCAUGCCAGGCUCAUGGAGGCGGCGAAUCACGCAGUGCCUUCGUGGCUUGGCACGUAUUGCGAUCGAGUCUCAUAUUUACGAAAAGUUUUUGACAGGGUCAAGGGGGUGGGCGUUGGCUUUUCUCCGAUGGGGAUACAACGGCU